UUGUGUCUGGGUGAGUGAGGAUCUGAAGCUGAUAUCAGAAGCAAUGCUGACGGUGGGGUCUGAAGUCAGGAUGUGAACAGGUAGGGGACAGUGUUUGGUACCCCAGGGUUCUUGGGGAGCCUCAGGUGUCACCUGUUCCGCCCCCCCCCAAGGCCCACGAGCGGCUGGAGGAGACCAAGCUGGAGGCCGUGCGGGACAACAACCUGGAGCUGGUGCAGGAGAUCCUCCGGGACCUGGCCCAGCUGGCAGAGCAGAGCAGCACGGCCGCCGAGCUGGCCCGCAUCCUCCAGGAGCCCCACUUCCAGUCCCUCCUGGAGACACACGACUCUGUGGCCUCAAAGACCUAUGAGACACCACCCCCCAGCCCUGGCCUGGAUCCCACCUUCAGCAACCAGCCGGUGCCUCCCGACGCAGUGCGCAUGGUGGGCAUCCGCAAGACCGCUGGAGAGCAUCUGGGCGUGACGUUCCGUGUGGAGGGCGGCGAGCUGGUGAUCGCGCGCAUUCUGCACGGGGGCAUGGUGGCCCAGCAAGGCCUGCUCCACGUGGGCGACAUCAUCAAGGAGGUGAACGGGCAGCCGGUGGGCAGCGACCCCCGCGCGCUGCAGGAGCUCCUGCGCAGCGCCAGCGGCAGCGUCAUUCUCAAAAUCUUGCCCAGCUACCAGGAGCCCCAUCUGCCCCGCCAGGUAUUUGUGAAAUGCCACUUUGACUAUGACCCUGCGAGGGACAGCCUCAUCCCCUGCAAGGAAGCGGGCCUGUGCUUCAGUGCUGGGGACUUACUGCAGAUUGUAAACCAGGACGACGCUAACUGGUGGCAGGCAUGCCAUGUGGAAGGGGGCAGCGCUGGGCUCAUCCCCAGCCAGCUGCUGGAGGAGAAGCGGAAAGCCUUUGUCAAACGGGACCUGGAGCUGACACCCACUUCAGGGACCCUGUGUGGCAGCCUUUCAGGAAAGAAAAAGAAGCGAAUGAUGUAUUUGACUACCAAGAACGCAGAGUUUGACCGCCACGAGCUGCUCAUUUACGAGGAGGUGGCCCGCAUGCCCCCCUUCCGCCGGAAAACCCUGGUGCUGAUAGGAGCCCAGGGCGUGGGCCGGCGCAGCCUGAAGAACAAGCUCAUCAUGUGGGAUCCAGACCGAUACGGCACCACGGUGCCCCGUGAGUGUGGGCUGGGCCCUGCUGGGCGCGGGGCAGCGUGGCGUCCGUCCCUGAGCGGGCCUCUGCAUGGGUAUCAAGUCAAGUGGUACUUUGGGGGAAGUGUGGGGGAUGCGCCCUCUGGGGGUGAUGGGGGAACUGCAGGCUGAAGAGGGUUUGGGAGGCUGUGGCCUGGGUGGGCUGGGCUCCUCUCCUCUCGUGUUUCACUUGCUAAAAACCCAGCUGGAAACCCAUAUGAA